ACCUUUCACACAUGCAUCCUACGCCAGCGUGGGCACACCAUCUUCACCUCCUCUUUUUCACACAAAAUCAAAAAAAAAAUUAUUAACAUAAUUUAUCAGCUGUACGCAACUUUCCUUCUCCAUCUUCUCCCACUUUCCGUUUUCGUCAAACUCCUCCCAGAUUUACACUCACCAAGUGAUUAAUUAUAUAAUUAUCACUCUUUUUUACUUGAUAGCCGUUAAUUACUCUUUUUAACUCUCGUUUUACUACACAGUUCACACUGCAUCUGUAACCAACUCUCUGCUAAUCACAACUUAAUUAUAUUAGAGAGUGGUGCAUUGUUGUUAUAUGUGUUGGUUAUGCGGCUCGAGUUUUCGAGGAAUAAGUAGAUUUGUGAUCGAUGGAUGGGAGGUUAAGUGGAUUGAGUGACUUGAAUUGGCAGAUCUGUGGUCAGCUAUGUGUUUGGUUGGUUCUGAUCUUUGCGGCUCGGUUAUCGGAUGCUUAUACUAAUCCUGGUGAUGUUGCUGCUAUCAACAGUUUAUAUGUUGCUCUGGGAUCACCUCUUCUUCCUGGUUGGGUUGGUGUUGGCGGGGAUCCAUGUGCUGACAGUUGGCAAGGCGUUCAAUGUAUUGAUUCAAACAUAAGUGCAAUAAUCUUUAAUGCUGCUAAUUUGGGAGGAGAAUUGGGUGAUAGCCUUGGAUCAUUUGCAUCUAUCAGAUCAAUAGAUUUCAGCGGCAAUCAGAUUGGUGGCAAUAUUCCAUCCAGUCUUCCAGUUACACUGCAGAACCUUUUUCUUUCAGCUAACAAGUUCACCGGAAGUAUUCCUAGUUCUUUGUCAUCCUUAAGUCAGCUUUCAGCCAUGUCUCUAGACAAUAACCAGUUAACAGGAGAGAUACCCGAUAGCUUUCAAGGCCUCACAGUUUUGGUCAAUCUUGAUUUAUCUGCCAAUAAUUUGAGCGGGCAACUGCCACCCUCAGUAGAAAGCCUGUCUUCUUUGAUGACGUUCCAUCUGCAGAACAAUCAGCUUUCUGGAACUCUUGAUGUUCUUCAGGAUCUUCCUCUUAGAGAUUUGAAUGUUGCAAAUAACAUGUUUUCUGGACCUAUACCUGAGAAGUUGUUGAGCAUUCCCAAAUUCACAAAUGAUGGGAAUCCAUUCAAUACUAGUGAUUCUCCACUAUCUCCACUAUCUCCACCAUCUCCAUUGCCAGGAAGUCGACCACCUGCACCGCCAUUCUUUGGGGUUCCGUCCUCUGGUCAAACACCAGGAAAACAGAGACCCGCAAAACAAACACCCAGUAAGCCAGCUGAUGGACCAUCUGCCACAGAGGAAUCAAAUUCUAAGCGAACUGGAAAGACAAAUACCAAAAAAAUUGUCUGGAUAUCAAUUGCGUCAGUGUUGUUUUUGGCAAUUUUGGUGCUUUUGCUUUUGCUUUUUAUCCCAAGGCUCUGUAGAAGAUCUCAUGAAGCCAACAGAAUACCUAAGCGGCAUGAAAUAGCUCCAUACACGGGCAACAGAGAGAAUAUGGGGGACAACGAAUCCUUGAUCCAACCUAUCAAUCAAAUACCAAAGGUUCCAGCUGAGAAAUCAAAGGAGGAACAGCCAACACGACCAAGAACUAUGGAGUGGGCUGCAAAGCCUAAAAGAGAAGAGUUCAAUGUGCAAAGAACAAGUCAAACCACGAAGCCUGAUGAUUAUGAGACCGACCUGACAAGAUUUGAUAUGGAUAUCAUUAAACCACCACCACCACCACCAUCACCGCCGCCACCUCCGCCGCCGCCACCACCACCACCACCACCACCCCUUACUUUUGACAAAGUCAUUGUAAGACCCAUUCCUGCAGCUGAAAUUCCAGAAAAGCCUUCCACUAGACCUCUUCCUCUGACUUCUGUGAGGUGUUACACGGUUGCGUCUCUUCAACAAUAUACAAAUAGCUUUUCACAAGAAAACCUGAUUGGAGAGGGAAUGUUGGGCAGUGUUUACAGAGCACAGCUUCCUACCGGGAAGAUACUUGCUGUCAAGAAGUUGAACAAAAGGGCUUCCAGUCAGCUGAGUGAUGACGAGUUUGUUGACAUGGUGAACAGUAUUGACAAAAUUCGACAUGCUAAUGUUGUUGAACUAAUGGGUUAUUGUGCUGAGCAUGGUCAAAAGCUCCUGAUUUAUGAGUACUGUGGUAAUGGGACCUUGCAAGAUGCACUACAUGCUGAUGAUGAAUUUAAGAAAAGACUAUUAUGGAAUACUCGUAUCAGGAUGGCACUUGGAGCUGCAAGAGCUUUAGAGUAUCUGCACGAUUUCUGUGAGCCACCCAUCAUUCAUAGAAACUUCAAGUCUGCCAAUAUUCUUCUUGACGAUGAUCUUGCGGUUCAUGUCUCAGAGUGUGGUUUGGCGCCUUUAGCAUCAACAGGCUCGGUGAGCCAGUUGUCAGGAAAUCUCCUUUCAGCUUAUGGGUAUGGAGCCCCAGAAUUUGAGUCAGGAAUUUAUACUUCUAUGAGUGAUGUCUAUAGUUUUGGAGUGGUGAUGUUAGAACUGUUAACAGGCAGAAAGUCAUAUGACAGGACAAGGACUCGUGGUGAGCAGUUUUUAGUGCGAUGGGCAGUCCCACAGCUUCAUGAUAUUGAUGCCUUGUCUGGAAUGGUUGAUCCUUCUUUAAACGGGGAAUACCCAGCUAAAUCAUUAUCACAUUUUGCUGAUAUCAUACUGCGGUGUGUUCAGGCAGAGCCAGAGUUCAGACCACCAAUGUCUGAAGUUGUUCAGGACCUCAUACAAGUGAUAAGAAGGGAGUGACGUAGAUUAGGCAUGGACAUUUAGCUCUUACAGUAAAGGAGCACAAUCUUGAUUUGCCAAAAACAGGCAUUAGGCUGGAUCCCUCCUUUUAACCGUUCAUAUUCACAGGGGCAUGCCGGCGAGCAAAUUAUUGGUAUGUAGUCUAGAAUCUUUUGUAUUGGGGAGGGGGUUGCUUCGAUUCUUUGUGCUUGGUAGUGAUGUCUAAUAUUCAGGUACACUGGUAGUAACAUAGAUGCUGCACAAUGUGCACUGACCCAGUUAUUUGAAAAGUACACAGUAUAAUUUUGUUAUUGUUACCAAAUUUUGAUGGUGUAAAUCUUACUAGAUGUAUAUUUUUUGUGGUUACCUAAUUUUAAAUCUACAUAUAAAAAAGCAA